GACAGAGAGAGACACACAGAGAACAUUGAACUUAAAGAAGACAAACAUCCUGUGAGGAGAAUCAGAACUGCUGUGAAGCUGAACUCAACUCACAAUGAAGAUCUUCCUCAUCUUCACUUUCUACCUCAUCUCAGGUUCAGUGAGAUGCUUUGAUGUGACUGGAUAUUCUGGAGGAAGUGUUCUUGUUAAUUCCUGGAAUCUUUGGUGCAAUUACUGUUUUAAAUACAUGGUGAAACUUGACCCAAGGACAAACAUAAUAAAUUAUAUGAAACAUGAUGAAUGGUCAAAAAAAGGAAGAUUCACUCUGUACCGGGACAAAUAUGGAAACCUCAUGAUCUUCAUCAAUGAACUGAAUAGAACAGAUGCUGGAAGAUACCAGAUUGGAGUUGAUGGCCAAUGGUUUAUCGAAAUGACUUUGAAUGUGAAACAAGAUUCAUGUUGUGGAGUUUCAAAGAGAGUGAUGGUGAAUAGUGGAGAAACUGCCAACUUCAGCUGUGAAUAUUCACAAGACAACAAGAAUGAUGAAAAGAUCAUUUAUAAAGAAGGAAGGAACUCCACUGAGAUGAUAUCUAGCACAUGGGAUAAGAAAGAAAGAUUCGGUAUUUCUGAUGACAGAUAUAAGAUCUUCAGUGUGAGAAUUACUGAUGUGACACCAGAUGAUGGAGGAGUUUAUUUAUGUGGAGUUCAGAUCUACAGACACUCGUACAGUUACUCCAACAUUAUUACUACUGUUUAUCUACACAUUCUGAAUAAAGUGGGUUCAUAUAGAGUGAGCGGUUACUCAGGAGGUCAGAUCAUCAUCAAGUGUGAACACCCUCAGUACAAAACCUACCCCAAAUAUAUCUGUAAAGAAUCAGAUGAGGGAUGUUCUGAUGUUAAGUCUGCAGGAGUUGAGAAUAAAUGGAUGGAAAAUGGAAAUGUUUCUUUAUAUGAUGACACCAGAGGAGGAGUCUUGAUGGUGUUCUUUAGAGAUCUGAAUGCUGGAGAUGCUGGAACAUACAGGUGUGGAGUCAAUGUGUCUCAGUAUAUGGUGUCGUUUACUGAAGUAACACUGGAUGUUAAAGAGGAUUUCUCUACGAUGAUCAUCCUUUGUGUGUGUGUUCUACUGCUGAUUAAAGCAUUAACACUGAUGUUUAAUGUUGGACAAAUCAAGAGACAAAGAUGACACACACACACACACACACACACACACACACACACACACACACACACACACACACACACACACAC